UUUCAUUUUCAUUGCAAUGCAGGCUUUGGACUACACAAACGCCCGCAUUCUUGCACCAAUGGUCAGGAUUGGCACUUUGCCUACACGACUCAUGGCACUGGAAUACGGAGCAGAUUUGGUUUAUACACCUGAGGUGGUCGACAAAGCCAUCGCUGGGGCUGUACGAGUCGUUAAUGAGGACAAUGGCACCAUCGACUAUUUACAGAAAGGCGUUUCAGUUUUUAGGACACAUCCUAGUGAGAAAUCGAAACUUGUCUUUCAAAUCGGCUCUGCCAACGCUGAUCUGGCUCUAGAGGCGGCUCUUACAGUAGCGCAGGAUGUUUCAACAGUUGAUCUGAACUGUGGCUGCCCGAAGCGCUUCUCGGUUCAUGGAGGAAUGGGCGCAGCACUCAUGGAAGAACCAGAGAAACUCUGUGGUAUUCUUCGAAAACUAGUUGAGCACUCUGGGCUACCUGUGACUUGUAAAAUCCGGAUCUUCCCAGAUCGGGAACGGACAAUUAAGCUUGUAAAGAUGAUCGAGGCAACAGGAAUUAAAGCGUUGGCAGUGCAUUGUCGGUACAGAGAUCAAAGGCCUCGUGAGAGGGCACACUGGGAUCGGCUCAAAGAAAUCGUGGAGGCAGUCUCAAUCCCAGUAAUCGCCAAUGGAGAUGCCUGGGAAUAUGAGCACCUGGGUAAGCUACAGGACCUCUCCGGUGCUACUGCAGUGAUGUAUGCAAGGCGUGCAGAAGCCAAUGUCUCAGUCUUUCGGAAAGAAGGGCUUUUGCCAUUAAACGAGAUUGUCACAGCCUAUAUCCGCAAGUGUCUCGAGACCAGGAACCAUCACUCAAACACAAAAUACGUUCUUAUGCAGAUGUUUGUAGACGAUACGAAGGAUCCUCGGUACCGCCAACUCUGUGAAGCAAAAUGUUUCAGAGCAGUAUGUAAAGUGUUCGGUAUGGAGGGUGAACUCGAUGCAUGGCUUCAGUCCCAACAAGCAAAAGGCUAUCCUACUGAUCUAGACUCAGUCCCCAGGAAAGCGGGAGAGAUGGCGAACAAGGAUGAAGCUACCAAUGCAGCCAAUACUGCGCAAAAACAUAAACAACAGGACCUAAGGAAGAGAAAGUUGGAACAACAGGAGGUUGAAGGCGAAGAGAAGAAUGAAAUUUCAGCUCCUGCAACUAAGAAACAGAUGACAGAGAUUUCUUCCCAGCAAACUAUUAAUGGAGAUCAUCGCUCCUCUUCACGUAUAGCUCCCACAGAGACAUCUCGUAUAGAAGAAAUAAUAGCGGAGGAAAAGGAGGUCGAUAAUAACUUGCCGAGCGCUGGCGCGGAGCAGGGCCAGACGAAGGAAGUAACCUCACUUUUAUACUCGUGAAAGAAUACGCC